GGGGUAUAACUGGAAAAAUACACGGGAGAGCAUCUUGUUUCUCUCUUCCCCCUGCUACUACUUUGAGCUGUCGACAAUCGCCGGGCGCAUCCGUGGGCGAGGCCACCGACGAUGUCGUCCCUCAACUCGCUCUUCAACCGCUCCACCUUCGGCACCAAAUGCAAAACAUGUUUGAAUCUGGUCAUUUCGAGGAUCAAGCUGCUGCGCAAUAGGAGGGAGCUACAACUGAUAAAUAUGCGCAAAGAGAUGGUCCAGUAUCUUCAGACCGGCCAGGAAUCUAUUGCAAGGAUUCGAGUGGAGCACAUUAUCCGGGAGCAAAAUAUAUUGGCUGCCUACGAGAUUGUUGAGCUUUUCUGUGAAUUUGUUCUGGCACGAGUCCCUAUUGUUGAGGUCCAAAAGGAAUGCCCCUUAGAACUACGAGAAGCAAUCGCUAGCAUAAUCUUUGCAUCUGGAAGAUGUUCAGACUUGCCUGAGCUAAUGCAUCUCCGUAAUUUGUUUACCACCAAGUAUGGGAAGGAGUUUGUUGCUGCUGCCAUGGAAUUGCGCCCUGACAGCAGUGUUAAUCGCACAAUAAUCGAGAAGCUUUCGGUGAAGGCUCCAUCAGGUGAAUCAAAGCUGAAGGUUUUGAAAGCUAUUGCCCAAGAGUACAAUAUUGAAUGGGAUUCAUCUAAUACUGAAGUAGAGUUCAACAAGAAAUAUGAAGAUCUACUGGACGGCUCAGGAUCUUCAGUCCGCCAGGUCCAGCCGCCUAUUAUUGAGAGCUCUCCAGUUGUUUCUGCUUCCAGAGAUAAGCCGCCGGCGUUGAUUUCUCAUGUCGAAGACACAGGAAAACAUCAAGUUCGCGAGUCUCCAAGUUCACCAGCUGGGGGCGCAAGAGCUUAUGUUGCCACUAAGACAAAUGUGGCAACCCAGGAGCACCGCUCCCAAUCCCAUGCGGAGGAGAUAUCCUGCACUAGCCCAAGCUCGUCGGACGCGCUAGAAAAAGCCCAAGCGGCCAUUGCUGCCGCCACCCGUGCAUCUGCCGCUGCUCGUGCGGCUGCAGAGCUUGCAAAGGUUAAAAUUACAAGUAAGUGACGCCUUCAGUUGCAGGAAGUCAGGGCAUGCUUCAUGGUUUAACAAUCAGGCAAUUCAGCACCAAUACUGGGCGACUGGCUGAACAUAUUUAAUCAAAAUCACCGAGUUACUGUAUUCUACUAUAUUCCUUUUGUGGGUACUUCAAAUGAGAAAAUGUAGCUCUCUGUUCCGGUCUUGCAUUGCUGUACCAGAAGAGAAAAAAAAAUGUUUGUGGUUU